GGUGUUGAAUUUUUUUCGUUCUUUGUUUUCAAAGUGGAAAAUCCUUCACUUUACUAGUGACUUAAAGUUGCACCAACCUUAUAACCCUACCAAAUCAAAAAGUAUGAUUUGUAUGCGUAUUUGUUAGGUACAUCCUAAUUACAAAUUAUUACAAUACAUAAUUUCUUUCCAUUUGUUUAUGCAAAGUUAUGCCUGGUUGGUGUAUUUAUGUUCCUAUAAUACUACAAUAUCCACAUGUAGGUAGCACUUCUAGGAAUUGUGAUAGCGAAGUUGGAUUUGAACUUUAAUUGAUACAUACAGAUAAAUCACUUCUGAAUCCAAUUUUCUACGUUUUGAAUCAUUCAAUUUUUUUUUUCGGCUAAACUAGGGUAAAGGAAACUAUUAUUUUUUGGUAUUUUCACUUUUAAUAGUGGAUAGCUUUACUUUAGCAAUCGUCGGUCAUGGUAAAAUAUCAUUCAUAUACUUAGUUAAAAUAUCACACUUCAGGUGGUCAAAUAGAGAGAAAAAAAUCCAGUGGUAAACAAACCCUAUUCAUUUGUCAUUUGUCAUCUAAUUUCAUUAAAAAAAACGUGUCUCAAGAGGUUCAAAACUUUAAUUCAAAUUAUCCAAUCAGUCAGUUUUUUCGGUAUAUAAAAUAACAGGGAAUGGUAUCAGUGUAACAAAAUUCGGAGCUCAAAUAAUAAAUUGUAAUGGAUCCGUAACUCAUUUUACCAAACUUCUGGAUUUGGUAGCAGGAUUCAGCUUUGAGUCACUAAUCAUAAAUGAAUUGUUUUUCACAAUAAAUAUGGAGAAAAAUCACGAAAAGGACAAUAAUGACAAAUAGGAAAGUGUAAAAGUACAAUAAUGACAGCCUGGCAGCAUUAUAGGUUUUUGAUGAGUUAUUUCCGAAAGCUCAUAAUUUCUCUAAAUUCAUCUUUGAAUUUUCUGACUUGGAUGACAUUUAUUUCGAAUAUUUAUGGAUAUUGCAUGAAGUGAAAUUAAUCUAACUAAUUCUGUAUACUAAAACAAUAAUCCUAUAUACUCAAAGAAUAACUGGUCACGUAACUUGAAUUUCAAUCGCAAAAUUCGUCGCAGAAAUGUAGAUGAAGGAUAAUAAUUCACGAGCACCAUGAACUUGAUUUUCUAAAAUGAAACGUAAGCGAAUCAUGAUAUUAUUAUUUUAAAGGAUAGCAGGAUUUGUAUCCAUGAAGUUUGUUACCUACUCAGUGUAAAAUGAUCUAGGAUCAUUUUCGUAUACAGUAUAUGUGAACAGAAUGCCUAAUCCCUGCGCGAGUGUAAUCCGGAUUGAUAAAAUAAUUAGGUUGUUCAUUAAGAGAUUUAUUGGCCGACAUAGGCCAUCAAGAGACACCAGCAAUUGAACCAUGAAUAUUAUGGGAUAUUUUGUUUUUUUUUUCAUAACAAAACGGUAGGGAAAAGUGUCAAAACCCCAAGCUUAUUUCAAGAUGAAUUUUUGAAACUCUAGCGUUCAAAAAACAUAGAAAUUUCGUUAAAAAAUAGAUCUAUGUUCUAAGGAAAUUUCUAUAUGGAUUUUUACAUUGUCUCUUUUUCGGAAAGGUAAAGUCAAACUUGUCACUGUAGCAAUUAUUGCAAUGCCUCUUUUCGUAAUUGCCGGUAAAGCAAACUGUCCCUAUUUCGUUCAUGCGAUACAAAUCGCUAAUUACCUGAGUGAUCACUUGCCGGAUAUAGUAAUCAACAAACGAGAAUUUCUCGGAGAAGAAUGGACUGAAUUCUUAAUCGAUAUAAAUCAAACUAACGGUUGGUCCAUCACGAAAUCUCCAGUCAUUUGGAAAGAAGUUGGAUUCGCUGGAAGUAGACCUCAUCUCAUAGGUGGUUUGAGCGAGUUUUGGGAAUACAUCGAUGAUUAUUAUGGAACGAAAACAUUCCUCGAAAGGAAAGCGGUUGCAGAGUUGUGUUCACAAAACUUGAAAGCCUUCAAAGAAAGAAACCUCAUAAAUGCUAAGGAAAGGCUCAAGUCAUCGGUGGUUGGUAUAUACGGUUUGAACAAUAACCUAGCCCAGAUGCUUCUGCCAGAACUAUUUAAGGUUCCUGAUCUUUUCCUUAAAAAUAUGGUAACUAUCAAAAUAUACGAUUCCGAAUCGUUGAGAGACUUCGACACAGAAGAAGAAAUCAGAUCGAUUAUGCAGACUUAUGAAGAAGAGCUACAAACAUAUGUGAAAUUCGAGUUGUUAUUCUGCACCACUAUAUCAUUCUUCAUUGAGAAUACAGAUUUCAUACUGAUAACUGAAGACUAUUCUCAGCGAGAUUCUGAAAAUAGGGAAACAUGGUUAAAGAGAUGUAGCGGUGACAUGUACGAACUAGCUAACGAAAUAAACGACACCGGCGGUGAGUUUUUAAAACUCAUUUGUUGUCAUUUGGGACCUGUUUGUUUCACAGCAACAACCAUCACAAAGUACGUGAAGGAAAAAUUCAGAAGCAGUGUAGUUGCUGUCACUGCCCACGAAGGAUUGAAAGCAUUGAAUUCAGUCAGUAAAAUGACGGAGAUACCAAUUUCCCAUCUAGCUUCUCCUCCUGUAUGGGGUUUCGUUGGUUUGGAUCAGUUUGUAGAUGUCCAAGGCAUUAUAGUAAUUCAAGACAUAAUAAGGCCGUAUAAAAGGGCCGUUAAGGAUAUUAGAGACUCGUCGCUUCCUCAGAAGAAAGUCAGAAAAGAGCUUCGAAUGUUAUCAUGUAUCGUUAAUCAAAAAAAUUUCGAAAACGACAUGGUCACACGUUGCAAUAUGUACAAUAAGUUGGGUAUAAAGCCUGUAUUACCCCUUCUCAGAGCUACACUUCAUCUCCUGGAGCUAUGGUCUGCCCCUAAAAAAGCAGCAGAUGUGGUUAUUUCCUUGGGAAUUUAUUCCGAAGGAUCUAGUGGAAUACCCCAAAAGAUAGUGUUCUCGCAACCAGUAACGCUGAAUGAUAAAAAUUCAUGGGUACCUUUCGACAAACUUCCAAUUUUGGAUCAAUCGUAUGGACAGAUACAAAAAUGCAAAUCAUUUACUGCUGAUUUGAUAGAGAUGAUCCGAGAUUACUUCUAAUGGAAAGUGUUCAGAUAACCCAUUUAAUUUUUUUUUUAGUUGUCAGUUGUGGUACUGGGUCCUAUCGAUUUAUAGCAAGUAUUUGUGAGAGUAGGUUUUUGCAGCCUUCUUGAAAACUGAAGAAUCAACCUUAUUACCUAAUCUCCGUCCAAGGUUUCAGUUCUAAGCUUUGAGUAUUCAAUUAAUUCAGUUAAUAAUGAAAAUUCUUAGGCUACAUACCUCAUAUUCCUCCACUUAUACCGGUAAUAAAUACCAUCUCUGUUGUUUUAUUUCAUAAUAUUUUUAUUAUUUAAUUACACAGUAUGAUUCAAUGCUCCAUUCAAAAUGAAAAGAAUCUCACCUUUCGGGCUUUAUCUAAAAUAAUAUUAGACAUAUUUAGUUUGGUGAAUAAUUCGAAAAAACCAAUUUUAAAAUGUUUCAUUAUGAUCCAUUAUUUUUUCUUACUAUCGCGAUCAAUUCAUUUGAACGGUAUAAAUUGAUUUCCUCGAAAUGUUCCGUAAUAACUUCAUUGUACAUCGGUAUUUCACAUCCUUAUUUUUUAGCCCCUGUCAAUUGUUAUUUCCGGCUGGUCAUUCAGCAAUGUAUAAAAUGAAUCAUAUUUCGAUACACGCCUAAACGUUUUAAAUAUCAAUACCCCUCCCUAUUGUAAAGAAUAUUCUUUACAUCUUUAAAUCCGGUAUAAACCGGAUUAUACACAUUGCUGGCAACAUAUAAAAUUUCAUGGAGUAAUCCUAUAGGCAAUUUGCUACAAAAAAAUUUGCCAUACAGGGUGAGUUUUGACUUGUACAAAUAUUUCAACGGUAUGUUCUUGAGGUCAAAAGAAACAC